CGAGGAGGAGGAUAACGAAAGAAGAAGAGAAAGAGCCGGGGAUGGGAAGGAAGGAAGGGAGGAAGGAGGAAAGGGGAGGAAAGGGAGAAAAAGAGGAGGAGGAGGUACAAAAAGCCUCCGCCGUCAUUCAGUCUGUCACACAGACCACCAAGUCAGCGGAGCGUCAAUAUUUCAGCUCCAUCCUGAGACCUUCUCGUCCCGCAUCUUUCAUUUAAUCAAUGCACGAGUGAAGUGACAUCACACGUGAUUUUCUCCAGAGCUGAGGAGAGCAGAUUUAAUUAAGGAUUUUUAUUUUUUAUUUUAUUUUUUUUUUAAAAAGAAGAAGAAGAGCGACUUGAUCUAAAAGAAGCUUAUUUCUGCUCUUAAAUCUGCCUGUGGAUGAACUUCUGAGAGCGCACUGAACGGAAUAAAAGGAUUUGGAGAAAAUGAGACGAUUUGGUGGAGUUCAUCAACACCAGCUCGUCAUGCUAUUGGCCGUUGCCAUGGCGACGGCUGUGGAUCCUUCCCACAACUUGGCCAGCGAGAGGAGUUCGAUAGAAAGUACGUAUGAGCUGACCAAAUACCUGGAGUAUCAGCUCAAGGAAAUCAAAGAUGUAUACCUGACCUAUCUCGGCCCUCCAUUCAAUGAGAAAGACUUCUCCCCUCCGCGACCCAACAGCACUGCUCUGACUUUGCCGAGUGCCGCCACCCGACUGGAGCUGUGGCACGGCCUGGAGAACCAGGCCCGGCUCGCCCAGAACCAGAAAGCCUACUCUGUCCUGCUGGCGGCCGUCAGGGAGUUGGCCAGCUCCACCCUCUGCCCCUCCCUCAAAACCUCCCUGCUGCACUUUUGCACAGGUCUGGAUGGACUUCUUGGCUCCAUAUCUGCACUGAUGACCACCCUCGGUUACACGCUUCCUCCUCAGUCUGCAAACAUGCGAACUAACGCUGGAGAGCUGCAGAGGGGGACCGGAGGCAACCGACCAGCUCCGCUCAUGAGCCAGAGUCUGUACAGAUCCAGAGCUGGAACCAGGACGGAGUCUGGUCAGCGGAACAGCCAAAGAAGAAGUGGCACGAAGGUGGUGAGAGGAGAGAGGGAAGAUGGUAUCAGUGUGGAUCUCAUGGAAAAAAGGAGAGGGAAAGAGGGGAGGCGAACGGAGACGACUGGAGCUGGAGGAAGGAAUGGUGGAUUGAGGGAGAAGGGGAGGGGAGAAAGAGGUAGAAGAGAGAGGAGGGAAGAGCCAGAGAGGAGGAAAUGGGCUGCCGGGAUGGAGGAUGAGGGAUUGGUGGAGACUUGGAGCAGCAGAAGACGGUUGUUGAGCAUCAGUGAAAGUGGAGAAGAGAAGGAGCGGCAGGAGGAACCCAAGUUUGAGGUGUCGUACCUGGACACAGACGUCUCCAGCCUCCAUCCACAACAAACCAACAAUCAGUACAGCUACAACCUGAACUCUCAUCAUGCAGACUCACUCAGAGAGGAAGAUGGAUACGUUGCAGAGCAGCACGGAGGGUUUAUGGUGGUGGAGGACAAGCAAAUGGAUGCCACCUCCUCUUCCUCCACCGUGCAUCACCAGCAUCGCCGGGCUCCUCGCUCCCUCCUCUCCCCCACCCUCCCCCCUCCUCUGUCCACACUCUCCCUCCUGUACCAGUUUGGAGGAGGCGAGGAACACACCCUCCUCCCCCAGCCCGUCCCUCUGUCUUUACGAAGGGGCACCUCCCUCCUCUCGCCUCCCUUGAGUCCCCUCUUCUCCUCCUCCUCCUCCUCCUCCUCCACCUCCUCGUCUUCGCUGCUGUCUGUGCGGCCGACGAUGAACGACUUUGCCAGGAAGGUGGAGGGUUUCUGGAUACUGCGAGAGCUGCAGAGCUGGCUGUGGCGGUCAGCGAAGGACUUUAACCGUCUCAAGAGGAGACUCCGAGGCUGAGACGUUUGGACGCUGAGACACACAGAAGUGCAGUAUAUCGGAAAUCUAUUGUUUGCACAAAAUCUGGGUGGAAAUCAAACAGACAAAAGCACAUAAACACGCUCAUGCUUAACUCAUUCAUUCAUACCGUACUGGAAUAAGUGAAUGAAGGACAAUUUGGGGAGGUCACCAGAAGUGCUAAUGGAACAUAAGACACACAAAGCCAACACAUUGCCAGCACUGUCACCCGACCGAUGCACAUAGCAGCUCAUUGAACGAGACUCACUGAGACUGGGCUGAGUUACCGGACUUCACAGCUCAUAGAUCAACAGAAAUACCACUGUAGGUGGUUAGACUCACACAUCCAGGCGGGGGCAGACUGAGUGACAGCCAGCGACACAGACAGUGCAGCCAUUGAGGGAAAGCUGAUUCAGUGACCCUCAGAUGCGUGAAUCAGCAAACAUUCAUUUUCUCUAAAGGAAGAAGGGAAACUUUAUGAAUGGGCAAAAGACAAAAGGGCGAGGAAAACUGGCUGGAGGGAGGAUGAGGGCACAGAGGAGGAGGGACAGACGCAGAAAAAGGAGAGGAAGCUGAGAGAGGGCAUGAGUCAGGGGAUGAGCACUGGAAAUAACCAGCAGAGGGGUACUGCUGAGUAAUCGCAAGUCGACUGGUCAGUUACAGUAACCCUACAACAGCGCGACACACACUGUCCAGACACAGUGGUCAAACACACACACUUAUUGUGGUAUCGUGCGCCAUAACAUACCAUUCACUUCCAUAAAAAAAAGCACAGCCAUGUACAAAGAAAUAGUUUAGCAAUUUGGGGAAAUGUGCCUCUAACAUUUGUACUGUAAAUGUGAGGGUAGAGCCAGCAGUUGGUUAGUUUAACUUAGCAUAAAGAGUGGAUACAGGGUAAAAGUCGAAGUGAAAUUCAGUUAAAAAGCACAUUUAAAAACAUUUUUAAAAGAGUAGAACCAAAUGGCUGCACAGAUAAAAUAGCAGGCAAUAAAACAUUAAAACUCAACGGCUACAAGUCAGCAGAUAAUAAGAAUUGAAGGUCGCAACACAACAUGAGACGAAGUAAUGAUGAAAUAGUUUGACUCUCCUGGAGUUAAAUAAAAAUCAGAAGAGGUGGAUCUUCAACAGCGACUUUAAAGUUUUUAAAGUCAGAACAGACCUAACACUAAAAGGUAAAUUGUUUCAGAAAUGUGGGGCAGCCAUCACAAAGUCUCAAUCGUCUUUUAUUUUGUGCCAAGAGCAUCUGGUUGGUUGGCCUAAGUCCUCUAAAUGGGGUACAGUAAUGCAAGAGUUCUGCUAAAUAAGGUGGUGCAAACCCAUUUAAACCCUCAAAGCAAACUAUGAAAUCUUAAAAUCAUUCGUGAAACAGACAGGUAUCCAGUGAAUGGAGGUCAGUAGAGAUAACUGUUUCGUUAGCUUUGGGACAGAGAUGGGCCUUUUCCUCGGUUCAUCCGUAACUGAAAAAAGCCAGUUUUGACCAUUGCACUGUUACAUUUGUGAAAUUUGAAGGAUCAUUCCACACAAAAGUUUUACACAAAAGAUCGAUUGUAUGAAGCCAAAGAGCCCAGAGUGCCUUCAGGGUCUUCCAUAAGGUCUUUAAUCCUGUUUUCAUUCAGACUGUAAAAUUUUAUAUCCCUCCAGGUUUUAACAUCUUUCAAACAAUUCAGCAAGUGCUACAUAGAGACUUGUUAGUUUUAUGGACAGAUAUAUUUGCAUAUGGUUGGCAAAACAAAGAAAAGGACUCUUGUAUUUUUUAAAGUGGACCCCAUGCGUGGCAAAUUCCACCCAGCAGCACCUGUAGAUUUGAUUUGAAAUACAUAAUAUCUGAUUUAUUUAAUCCAGAAGCAACUUAAAGUGUAAAAACAACCCAUUAUGGGUCAACAGGUCACUGUUGUUUGCUCAAAACCCCUCCAUAAAAUGUUGAAAUGUUGCUUUUAACUUAUGGAUUAUCAACUGUUGUUUGUAGGAAGUCGUACCAGCAUUCCUCCAAAACCACAAACUGUCAUUUUUACAUUUAACAAGAUACAAUAUGUGAGCUGUGAGCAGAUGUUUUUAAACCCAUGGACAGUGCCAUUUAGCAGUUUCUCUCUGCUUCCAUGCCUCAUUUAUACUUCUGUGUUAAAGUUGUGUAUCAGAGCUACAGCAGCUAUGAGCACAGAGUCUGCUGAUAUGUGUCUCCUCAAAAAAGGUUAUGGACUGUGUGAACUAUAAUUGGUCGACAUGAGCUGCUUGUGUUUUCUGCUGCAAAAUUCUGAUGAAGAACACAGUGACAACGACUUAAAGCAAGUUGGAGAAAUGCUCAGUUUUCUCAAUAUCAGUGCCUAAAUGUUGAACUGGUCCUUUGAUUAACUUCACAUUCCUGAACACGGAUAUUAAACAUACUGAGAUUCCAUCCCUGGCAAGUAAACAGAUUUCUUUUCCAGAAUAAAUCUAUUGUUAUGUGUUUGCAAUGUGCCUUAGAUGAUAUGGCUAAAGGUUAUGGAUCAUAUCUAUACUAUUUAUUGAACAAGAUGUUUAUUUAUUUUUUCUCCAGUGUGAAAAUACUGUACUGUAACUCAAGAGAGAAUAAAUACUAGCUUUUGUACAGAG